AUGGCCUCCUACACCGCUCAACGUAAGUUUUUGAACAUUACUUGAAAUUUUGUUGUGACGUGGCAACUCUUUCAGAAGCCGAAGCCGCUUUGAGACCAGACUUGGAAAGAUACCUCAAGGCGGUUGAUGACGAAGUGUUUGACGUCGUUGAGGAGUACUACCACCCGAACGGAGUUCUCAUUCACAAGGAUAAGGAGGCGUCUUAUGGAAAGAAAGGUGAGAAACAAAAAUAUUUCAAAUUACUGUUAGGCAGAAACACUAAAAAUGAGAGGAUAUGGUUGUGUUUCUAUGCUUCUAUGCUUUAUAGAGUUGUUUCAGCCAUCGUCGAGUCGAUCAAAAAGUUCGCCGAAGGAUCCGGCAAGGCAGUGGCGACCAUCUCAAACGCCAAGUUCGAGGGAGUCGGCGACUAUCUGGUCGUGACCGCCGACUUCUCCUCGGUCACCGAGAAGAUCGGAACGGUGAACGGAAAGUUCGUGCAAAUCUGGAAGAAGGAGGGCGGAAAGCUGUUCGUCUACCACGAUGAGUUCGAGAUCACCGCCUAA